CUGUUCUACAGUUCGUUAAUUUUUUUUGUAGAGGUAGCCUCAGGAGCUACAUCAGUGAUCAUCCAUUCAACGGGUUUACCUUGCGCGUCAUCGUCCUCAAUCGAGGUUUCGCCUGGCGAAUCGUCACGGUCAGACAGCACCAGCUUCUCGUCGUCGUCCAUCAGCGGCUCUCCAUCGGUGUCCGAGCUGUUCGAGAACUUCGGCGGCGACCGUCGGGGCAGCCAUUACGCCGCGGCGUUCAGCCCGAUUCAGUUUUCACUGAAAUAUAUCAGCCAGAGCGCUCCUCCAUCACCCAAAAGAACCGGCGCCACCGAAUCAUACGACGUUGAAGCGGGCGACAUUCCCCAGCCGAAACGUGGUUAG